GGGAAAAGUGGCCAAGAGGCCAACAGUUCGUGUUUCACAUUCCACAACAUAAUCCUUUGAACAAACCAGCACCUGCUAAUCCGGAUGUUCGUCCGUUCGUUACACUAAUUAGGCGAGGGACGGGAACUGUGAAGUGAGUGCGUGGUCACAGGUUGCUGGUGGUGGUGGUGUUACGCAGUACCUUUGCCGAGGAAGUUUUCCAUUCGUGGGGCAAGUGAACUGGAAGGAGCACUGUACGGAGACAUAUGUUAGGUGAAAAGACUCAUUUAAAGUGUGCUACGAUGGUGGCCAGUUGUUGAUUCAUGGUCGAAACGGGUCACUGGUGUACCAGGAUUCGAUAUUAGGUAUCAUUAAGGCAGGUGGCGAUACCAUAGCCCCAGGUUUGCCUCCCUCUGCUUCGUAGGUGAAGGGUAGCAGAGUGCGGAAGGAAGGACGGUUUCAGGUUGGUGCGUUUGCUGACGUCGCUCGUGGCCGGGCGAAAGAGUGCUGGUGCGGUACAGGCGGCCACCAUGGAGCUGAUCCGGAAGAAAAUGAAGCCGUACCAACCCUCAGAGCAGCUGGUGGUGCGCGAUAGCGUUAGCCUCAGCAUGGACGAGGAUCUGAGCGACGACGUGGAGGACGAGGUGUUCAUCCGCGAUGGGCGCACCUGCCGGACGUACGAGGAUAGGGGAGCCAAGCGGCCGCUAAUGGCGCCGCGCCGCAAGCACGGCAAAGCAACAAGUGGCGGUGGCGGCAGUGGCCACGGCAGUGAUGGCGGAAUGGGUAGUGGUGGUGGGAGUGGAGGCGUUGGCAGUGUCCUUGGCCUCGGUCUCCGAUCGUCCAGUCCCAUUCACAAGAAGUACCGCCGCCGGAAGUGCUGGAGUUGCUGUGAACCCUUCUGCUACGGACUGGCGGCCGUUACUGUCCUGAUAGGGCUGAUCGUACUAGCGGCACUGCUGUUGACCGCAUUCCCACAGCCACUCCAGAAGAUUAAGGUAUGGUUCCACAAGGAAUCCGCCUUUAGCAGCGCCAUCAUCCGGGACAAGUUUGCCAACCUGAUGUACACGGCAGACGAGGGCGGUGGCCGCAAUGGAUCGCUUGAGAUGGUUCCGUGCACACGCAUUACGGUACAGAAUGUCUGGACUCGAGUCAUAGCACGCGUUAAUAGUGAAAGUCCGUUGCGCAAACUGGAUGUCAAUGGUGACGGUGCAGAGGAUAUCAUCGUUGGGUACGGUAUUGAUGAGCAGAUCGACGAUGGAGUACGUGGUUUCAUCCCGCAGUGUACCUCACGCAAAACGGGCAUUACGGAUUUGUGCGGUGGUGGACUGCUAGCGUUGGAUGGCCGGUCAGGUGCUACGCUGUGGCAACGCUGGACAUCGUUUACCAUCUUUUCGCUGCAGUGUAACGGUAUCGACAUCAAUACCGAUGGUACGAGUGACUGUCUGGCGGCUGGCCGUGGUGGGCUUAUCUUGGCGCUGGAUGGUCGCAAUGGGCGUAUCUUGUGGGAGCUUAAGGAUUAUUCCGAUCUUGAGAGCUACGCCGAGAUUAGCAUCGAUCUGUACACGAUCAACGUGGUAAGUGAUGCAAACGGCGAUGGCAUCGCGGACAUAGUGGCGGUACACGUGGAAGAGACCCAGCGGGCACACGGUGGCCAUAUCAAGCUUAUCUCCGGUGCAACCGGAGCGAUCGUACGCAGCAUACCGACGCCCUACCGGGAGGAGAUGUUCGUCCCGAUUCAGGCACUGCGUAAAUCCGGCGAUGGUACACAGUCAUUGCUCGUGUUGACCGGCGGUCAGAACUCACCGGGCGGUGUGUACGUGUUGCAGUUGGCUAAUUUAAUGAAAUACCCUGGCGAAAGUGCAUUCGAACCGAUCGUGAGACUUGAAGCGUCCGGUUUUAUGGUACCGGCCGUACUGACCGAUUUGAACGGGGACUCCACGGAGGACAUUGUGGUCAGCUCGUUCAACUCGUCCGUGUUCGCGUUCGAUGGUGCCAACCGGACGCAACUAUGGUCCUAUACGAUCUCUGACUCGGAGAGCGUUAGUUCGAUUGUGCCCGGACACUUUGACCAUGACAAUGUGACGGACUUUAUGGUGAAGUACAAUACCGGGCCAGGUUUCCCCAUCUACUACUACUCCCAAACGAUGAUCAUCAAUGGAACGAAUGGAAAACCGUUCCUCGAUAGCUCGAUUAAGGAUGCGGGUGGACCGAAUGGAUUGUUGGGUGGUAUGUCGCUAUCUCAAACCGGCGGUGGAGACUUCUUUCUACACUGGCAGAUGCAGUGCCGAAAUCGUACCACCGACACCACGGACGAAUAUCAAUUCAUCCCCGAAAGCGACGUUAUCCAGCAAUCUCGGGCUGAUACUUGCAUCCUGCGCUACAAUGAAUCCUCGAUUCUGAAGUUAUACGCCAUAACGAGACAUGUGGAGCCACCGGGAGCGGUCAUCUUCUCGUCCGAUGAUUUAACAAUUCGUCUGAACGAAACCGGUACGGAUCCGUCUCCGGCCCAGACGAAUGUGGCUCCGAUGAAGCAUCCCAAAAUGAAGCUGAAAGGACGCAACGAUGGUCAGAGCAGUGCUGCGACAAGAAAGGCGGCCUCGAUUGAGACACCUGCGGUUGGUGAUGGAGCGCAAGGUAUUGCCGCCACCCGGAAUGGCGAUGUUCACAUGGACAAAAAGCUAGCACCGAAUGUGGUCGCUCCAAACUCCGUCGGCGUGUUGGUCGAUAGUCCGGGCGCCGCACGGUCACCGCAGCUUGAUGUGGCCCACUCAAUCGACACGUUGGCACAGGAGGAAGCCAAACGGCAGGAGAAGCUCGUGCUGAACAAUGUCUACAAGAAGUACAUCUACAAUGCGAAUGAUAAUGAUGGUCCGAUUGGAGCGCUGGAUGCACCUGUUAUAAGAGAACGCAAUAGAGAACCGGUCGAUGAGCGGAAACCUUAUAUCUAUCUACCAUACGACCAGCUUGAAGCCGAUCCGCGUAAUCCAUUUUUAACCAAUCAAAUUCCCCAAUCGGUUCCGGAGGAAGCACUCGAGUAUGAUUAUGGUGCAGCACCGGCGCAACCGGACGAUGAUGGUAGACCACUACCAGGCUAUCAAAGGCCACGAUACCGUACCGGUGGGCGAGAUGUUCGGAGCAAGUUUGGAGUUUUUGAUGAUAUCGAUUUUCACGACCCUUCACUAGAGGAGCAGGUUUUCAACGAGUCCAAUCCUAACUCACAGAUCGUCAAGAAGGUUCUACUGAACGAUGAGAUCAUGGACGAACUAAAGAAUGCCGAUCCGGGUAGCAAGGGCUCGAAGGAGACGCUCUGGGACUUGGAGAUGGAAAAGGAAGCAAAAGAAGCGAUGAAUGAUGUUAAUGCCAUGAACUUCGAGUAUAAUAACAAGGCGAAGCGACAGGCUGGCACAACAGUAAUGGCAACCGGAACACCGAUGAGCUCGACGUCAUUGCAACCGACCGGAAGCGGCGUGGUGCCGAUCGUUGCCUCAGCAUCGAAUGAGAACAUUCUACCUUCGAUCGCUUCCACGGGUGUACUAUUGAAGUCUCUCACUAGCCCUGGAGCGACGACGACUGCAACACCGUCGUCCGUUUCGCCCACGCUCGAUUACGUGUUUGUGAUGAACAUCCGUGAAUCGGAAGCAUAUCCACCGCUCUUUCUUGAUUCGGAUCUUAGCUGUAUACAGGAGAAGCUUCAGGCGUAUCGUACGUAUCGUAACGAGGAUAUGCUGGUGCUGGAGAAGAAAUUUCUGGCCCAGUGCUUAAAAUCCAGGUUACCGAUGCUGCAACCCACUUACCAGCGCUUCGAAACCCAGAUCAUUGUGACACGGCUCGAAAUAGGUUGCUCGUGCAGCUCCGAGCUGGAUCCGGCGCGUGAGGUAUGCUCACAGCUUCACAGCUACGAUCAGCAACGCUGGACGCAGUUUAUGGGUAAUGGUGGCGAUGGGCGGUACUGAAAUCGUGCUGGCGAAACAGAACAAAUCAUUUGAGCUGUGUAACACACAGAGAAAAAAUCCCUUUUCAGCAUCAUUCCAUCAUGGAAUGUAGUGCAGAUCAUGUCCAGCUUCCAAAAGCUCGAGGCUAACUCACCGGCCACACCGGGUUUGGGUUUUCUUCUUGGGCAUUCCUCUUCUCCUAUGAGGCUUGAGCAUUUAUUUUGAGAUUAAACUAAUAGAUGGAAAUAGGGUGCAUAGACAGACACACAUACACGCACACGAAUCUACAACAAUUCAUCCACAACUUGGCGGCAAGACAAAUCUUUCUAUCCAUCGCUCGGCACAGGUGGCCACUGCUGGGGAUCACAGAGGAGCAGCUAUACAUACGGAUAUCAUUUAAAACUAUUCAAUCUCUUAUAUUGUUACCACAAAUGAAAGAGAAAAAUAGAGAGUGCGUGGGGAUGGUUGUCGAUAGGGGAAGAUAAAGGGCAGCUGCAUAUUUACAAUGUUUAGUCCGCUGGUCUGGGCAUAAUUUGUCACGGACCAGGCGAUGAGAGUGAUCUGCUGGAGGCAAAAAGCAGUCCAAUAGAUAGACAGUGUGUAAAUAUAUAAUGCCGA